UCAAAGACCGAAAGACCGCGUCAAUUGAAGGAGCGAGGGAGGCAGACUCUACACCUCGAAGCUGCAGCGCUACCCAGGAGGUGUAAAGGAACGGCGGAUGUGAAAGGCUGUUCUUGGGAGGGGAAGAAAAUCGUGUCUUAAACAAAAGAAAAUGGUCGCUUCAUUACAUGUUAAUUCGCCAUGAGCGAGAAAUUUCAUUACAGAAGACUGGUACUGUCGCCUUGACGCAUGCGUCAACAAAUGCUUUUUAGGUUAUUUGAUCUGAGAACAAGACAAGUUACCGUGUAUGUACAAGGACUCUGGGUGUUUAGCAUUUAAUUAAUAAAAUGGACUCGUUGUUGUCAAAGAUGAUUUUUUUCUUCAUUUUGUGACAAGACUUUAUAUUUCUCGUGUUCCACGUGUAAAUUGUGACGCCGCUCAUGGAUCCAGAGCUUGUCUGUACGAUGAAAUUCUCACCCUCGUCGCAGUUUCGUGAGAGAGCCCCUGGUCCAAGAUAUAGACCACUGUGAUUACGCUUAACUCCCAGAGGUGUGAAUCGCGACCCUCCCAGCAAACAAAAAGAUCGAGAGUAUGACCAUUGAAAUCAGUGUCGUUACCUUCAAACUGUUAAAAAAAUCGUCGUCGUCUGUUGUGUGCUGUGUGCCGUAAUUACCACUUUAUACGGCAUUGCUUGACGAGCUGGCUGUACGUAGUGGGUUUCACACUUCGGGUAUACUGUAGACUAUUAACACCUCUCCCGAGUGUCACGUACAUAUUAUGCCCUAAUGCAAUAUCUCUCACAUUCAAGAGUGUGAAGUCUGCAUGGCGAGAGAUCGUUUUGCUGCAAUGGAAGAGCCACUUGACCUGACGACUAAAAAAGUCAUUCCAGAAAUCCCGUUUGACAAUGCUCAGUAUUUCCCACCAUCGCGACAAAGGGAGGAAUACCACCCUGAAUGCCCGCGCCUACAGCCCCCUGAGGAGGACGCAGUGCGAGGUGCGGACCACGGUGGGGUGGUUCUGACAGGUGUGCGUCCGUCGUUAGAGGAUGUUGGUAAUCCGAGGUGCAGGUAUUUUGAGACUACCUAUCACAAAGACUCUGUCGAAUUGGUAAACACAUCUAUGAGAACGGCAUCGGGCCUUGAUUACCCUUCACACACUGGGAUCCCAAAGGAGGAGGACAGAACCCAGACUACACAACAAUGCGUCAUCAAGUCACCGCUGUAUCGGGACCCGCGCUCUGCCGAAAGUCCACAGCGCGAACUACUCAGGCUACAGGGGGAGGCAACAAAGAACGGCGGGAGACACACCCCGACCCAGGGGGAGUGGGCGCCCGACCAGCAGUUACCCCCGGGGAUAGACACUCCUGGGAACUUGUCUUAUGAGCAGGAGGGGUUGAGGGUGAGCGUGCUGGACGCGCACCUGUGGAUGGCAUUCAACGAAAUCCAGACCGAGAUGAUCAUCAACCGAGGCGGAAGAAGAAUGUUCCCGUACCUGUAUAUAUCUGUUUCCGGUCUGGACCCGGAAGGUAUUUACGAUGUCUUGUUAGACAUACUUCCGGCGGAUAAGCGAAGAUUCAAAUUUUUCAAUGACUCCUGGAUGCCGGUAGGGGUCGCUGAACCGCAGCAAGAGAACGCCCCCUAUGUACACCCCGAAAGCCCCAGCCCUGGCUCCCUGUGGAUGGCUCGGAAAAUCUCGUUCGCCCGAGUCAAACUCACAAACAGCCUGGAGUCUAACCCGGAAAACGUGUUUCUACAUUCUAUGCAUAAAUACGUCAUUAGGAUUACGUUACAGAAACGUAAUAAGGUCACGACGGAAGUAGAAAAUUUCACGCGGUUUUUGCUGCAAGAGACGAAUUUUAUCGCCGUGACAGCCUAUCAGAACAGCAAAAUCACCCACCUGAAAAUCCUCAACAAUCCCUUCGCUAAAGCCUUCCGCGGGGACAAACCAAGGUACAAAAGACUGAGACGAAGGCACUUAGAUGGAAAAGACAGCAAGACUGACCAAAUUUUUUCUACUGGAACAGAUGGUGACAUUGCCAGUGACGAGAGAAGCAAAGGAAUCAGCGAUUCUCACCUGAUUUUUCCGUGGACGAGUCCGUCUAUUGUGGUCCAUCCUAACGAAGAUGAAAUCCAGAUGAAGGGAAAUUUUGUGACCGAAUCUGACCGGGAGUCUGCCGUCAAGAAAGUGUCGCUGUCACCGUAUCUACUGAGUGCCUACCGCUAUAACGCUGGGAUCUACGCCAGUCUAGUGGCUUACCAUGCGCGGCUGUCUGAGCUCAACAGCGCCUCAGACACUUAGUGCUUCAGCACGUGGAAACGAAAUGGGCGGGGAGAAGGGUAACGUCCAAUGAAACGUGUAAUAGUGCAAUUUGUUGACCUUCUUUUUACGAUAACUUUAUAUUAUUUUUACGGGCAUUGUUUUCUUUUGUGAUAUAUUUUGUAUUUCUUUUGUGAAAUCUUGUACUUUUAUUGUAAUGUAUAGGAAAAAUAAAUUCGAAACUAGAAAAACAAAACUUAUGAUAAGCAAAUAG